AACGUUUAAAAUUUCUGACUUCAGUUGGAAGAUCCCGGGAAGCAGAGCGUCUGGACUGACCCUGAGCUGAGUCUCUGAUUCAUUUUUGACUUGAGUUUUUUUUUCCAGUGGGAAAAAUGGUGAAGAUUCUCAGCUUCGUCUUUAUCACCAUCACUCUGAUAAUUGGCAGGGAAAGCUGGGCCUUCGAGAGCUGUUUGCAGGAGCAGAUGCGACUUAGAGCUCAGGUGCGCCAGUUGCAGACCCGGGUCAAACAGCAACAGAUCACAAUCACACAACUUCUGCAGGAAAAGGAGAUCCAGUUCUUAGAUAAAGGACAGGAGAGCAAUGCUAUUGACCUUGGAGGCAAGAGGCAGUAUGCAGAUUGUUCGGAGAUUUUCAAUGACGGAUUUAAGCAUAGUGGAUUCUACGAAAUCAAACCUCUCCAGAGCACUUCAGAAUUCUCUGUUUAUUGUGACAUGUCUGAUGGAGGAGGAUGGACUGUAAUUCAGAGACGAUCUGAUGGCAGCGAGAAUUUUAGCAGGGGUUGGAAUGACUAUGAAAAGGGCUUUGGAAAUUUUGUUCAAAACAAUGGUGAAUAUUGGCUGGGCAAUAAAAAUCUUCACUUAUUGACUGUACAAGGAGACUAUACUUUAAAAAUUGAUCUUACAGAUUUUGAAAAAAACAGUUGUUUUGCUCAGUAUAAAAGUUUCAAAGUUGGUGAUGAAAAGUCUUUCUAUGAGUUGACUAUUGGAGAAUAUUCUGGAACAGCUGGAGACUCCCUUUCAGGGACUUUUCACCCUGAGGUGCAGUGGUGGGCGAGUCACCAAAGAAUGAAGUUCAGCACAUGGGACAGAGAUAAUGACAACUACAAAGGAAACUGUGCAGAGGAAGAGCAGUCUGGCUGGUGGUUUAACAGAUGUCACUCUGCAAACCUGAAUGGUGUGUACUACGGAGGCCCCUACAGGGCAGACACUGACAAUGGGGUCGUCUGGUACACCUGGCAUGGGUGGUGGUAUUCUUUGAAAUCUGUCGUUAUGAAAAUUAGGCCAAAUGAGUUUAUUCCAAAUAUCAUCUAAGUGUCCCUGUUGGGCAGUCAUUUCUGCAAUUCACCUUGGUUUGAAAUUAUUUGAAAAAGAAUCCUGAAUAUAUGAUGAUGGCAACUGUGUAUAUGAUUUCUCAUUCUCCUUACUUUUACUAAUGUACUUUAAAUGCAGCAGAUAUUCAAUAUUCUUGAAAUAUAUGUAAAUUAUAUUAAUGUU